GGUGUGGAGAGAGCAACAGAUAUUUUGAUUCAUUAAAUGUAUCAAUAACUUUGUAGAGAUUUUAUUUUCUGAAGAUUGCGCAAAACAGUAAGAGAAAGUGAAAUGAAAUCAUAGGCUGUAAGAAGUCAUUACAGGGUGAAGGCUGAGGAAAAGAUCAUACAGAAAUGGCUUCCAGAUCGUUUUUCCCUGAACAAGACUUCACCUGUCCCGUGUGCAUGGACAUCUUCACAGACCCCGUCUUACUAAAAUGCAGCCACAGCUUCUGUAACACCUGUCUGCACAAGUGUUGGGAGGAGAACAAGGCAAGAGAAUGUCCGAUUUGCAGGGCGAAAACUACAGAGGACCCGACUUGUAACCGGGUUUUGAAGAACCUGUGUGAGACCUUUUUAAAACACAGGAUUGAGAAACCAGCUUCUACAUCCAAAUCACUCUGCAGUCUCCACGGCGAGAGACUCAAGCUCUUCUGCCUGAACGACGAGGAGCUGCUCUGCCUCAUCUGUCAAACUUCAGAGAAGCACGAAAACCAUAAACUGCGACCCGUAAAGGAAGCGGUGUUGAAGAAUAAGGAGGAAAUUGAUGGCGCUCUGCGAGUUCUGCAGGAGAAGCUGGACACCUUAAAUGAAGAGAAACAGAAGAGCAACCAAGAAGCAGAUUUCAUCAAGAGCCAGGCUGAAUGCACAGUGAUACAAAUACAAAAGGAGUUUGAGAUACUUCACCAGUUUCUGAGAGACAACGAGGCGGCCAGGAUUGCUGUGCUGAGGGAGGAAGAGGAGCAGAAGAGCCAGAGGAUGAAGGAGAGGGUUGAAGAUAUGACAAAAGAGAUUUCAUCCCUGACAGAAGCGAUCAGAGCCUUGGAGCAGGAGAUGAGGGCUGAUGAUAUCUCUUUCCUGCAGAAGUACAAGGUCACAAAGAGAAGAGCCCAGUACAAAGUGUCUGAUCCAGAGAAGGUGUCAGGAGAGCGUAUCGAUGUGGCCAAACACCUGGGAAACCUGAAGUACAGAGUGUGGGAGAGGAUGCAGGGGAUUGUUCAGUACACACCUGUCAUUCUAGACCCAAACUCCAAAGGAGACAAUCUCAUUGUGUCUGAGGAUCUGACCAGCCUGAGAUGCAGUGGGGAGCCAGAGCUGAGUUCGGAUGAUGAUGAUGAUGAUGAUGAUGAUGAUGAUGACAGUGACAGUGAUGACGAUGACAGUGAUGAUGAUGAUGACGGUGAUGAUUAUAUGCUCAAAUUGUGUGUGUUGGGAUCAGAAGGCAUUUUCUCAGGGAAACACUGCUGGGAUGUAGACGUUGGGGAUAAUCCUAUGUGGGCUCUUGGUGCGGCUGAGAAUUCAUUUAAUGAAGGGGAGCCUGAUUUGGGGGAAAGGUGGGUUAUAGGCUAUGGUGAUGGGGAAUAUAGUGUAUUAAGCAAUGCAGGGAAGACUACAGAUAUUAAGCUGAAUGUUAGGAGGGGAGUGAAGAGGGUCAGAGUGCAGCUGGACUGGGACAGGGGGAGGUUGUCCUUCUCUGACCCCACUAAUAAUGCGUCUCUGCACACUUUCAAACACAAAUUCACUAAGAGGCUCUUUCCCCUGUUUCUUGUUGCCUCCGAUUCUGUUCCUCUGAGAAUCUGCCCAGUGAAGGUCUCUGUCACAGUGGGAUAGCGGUGCUCUGAUCAGGAC